CCUUCAUUUUGUAAAAAACCAGGCAGCCGCGAGAAGUGUACUGAGGGAACCAUUCAAUUUUGAGCGGGUACUGCAGUCGGUUAUUUUGUGUUCUUGUUCAGUUGUUUUGGGGGAGCACAGAGUAGAGAACGGGGCUAAAAUCGACUUUCUACUAAGAACUACAUUACCGACAAUGCCCUUCUUUGGUGGCGUGCGAGCGACCAGCUCUGUUCGUGACCGAGCAGAGUGCGCUGGAGCGCGCGCGGUGGCGACAGCGUGGAGCAGGUUGAAGCCGGUCUGACAGACAGUGAGGUCUGCCGCUGAAGAAACCGCUAGAUUGGUAUUAACAAGAAAGAUACAGUGGAGCCUGUUACGCUCUCGAAUUUACAGUUAUCUUGGUGGAACUAUACCAAAGUAAUUUAUGACUUGUUCUUCCCCGACAAAUGCACGGGCUGCUGCCGGCAAACCUACCGACGCAUUCGAGUGCCAUCAUUCUUAAGUGUCCGCGCAGUGAGUACUGUUGUCCAUGUCUUGUUUGUUUGGAAGGUGCUGAAUUUGGAAGUAAUGAAAACAAACCAAAAUAAGGGCCUUGCGUGUCAACGGAGCUGCACACUGAGACAGGAAAUUUGCGUCCCCUCCGGUCGCAAUAAAUGAAUGACAAAAGCAGGGCGAGUUUUCCCAAGCGGAACGGCUGUGAGCGUCUCCCAUUAUACCGGACGCUCGAGGCGCGCGGUGCCCAUUGUAGGUCGUUUAUAGGGACGCUAGGAAAAUGAUCAUAAUUGCGCCGUUUGGUUUUGUGAGACUGGCAUGAGACCUGAGCUGUGGGUGCGCUGCAACGUUGUGCUUGCUGUCGCCGAAACUGUGGCGGUUUGGUCUCACGGAGAAGGGUCAGUGGAGCUUCGGAUGUAAAGUGCGCAGAAGACCGGUUAGAGAUGAACCGAACACCUCUUGGCUGUAGUGUACACUCUUAGUGUUGCAAUUAGAAGAAGUAUAAAUUAAAUUAACACCGGACAGACCCGGAAGAAACUUUCUUGUUCUCAAAUUCCCUAUUUCAAUCCGAUUGGUGGAUUUCAGUCUCCGGAAUGAACUCAAGUCUAUAUUGCGUAAAUGCGCACGUUGAUGUUCCGUUUUAACAGUUCAGCUUAUGUUCAGGCGUGUAUUAAGUAAAUUGGACCGAAACGUUUGUUCCUCCUUUGUAUUGGAAGUCACAACGUAUUACUGCGGAGGCCGGCAUGGUCAAACUACAUUAAAAUCUGUCUUCCCUAAAACACUUCAGUCAUAAACCCGAAACUGACAAGCGUACACUGUAGCCCAAACCACUUUGGGCUUUUUGUGACCGAAUCCAAGAUAUGGCUUCAGUUCGCUUCACGGUGACACCCACUAAAGCCGAGGACAUCCCUGGCCUGUCAGACACGUCACCAGACGUGAGCUCACGCUCCAGUUCCCGGGUGCGAUUCGGUUCUCGAGAGAGCGUGAGCCGCAGUGAGCCACUCAGUGAGGCAUCCGGAGCCGUCAGUACCUCACUUGGUACAGCCGGAGUGGAAACCCCGGAGAAGAGUACAACAGCAGCAACUGGAGCAGUUGGUGAUGGCUUUCAUAAGGAUUUGAAUACAUACAUCAACAACUCAAACUGUGUAGAUGACGAUGACUUCUACGACAGAAACCUGGCCCUCUUUGAGGAGGAGAUGGACACUCGUCCAAAGGUGUCAUCAUUGCUCAACAGGUUGGCUAACUACACCAACCUUACCCAAGGUGCCAAAGAGCAUGAGGAGGCAGAAAGCUUUGAGGGGGACAAAAGAAAGUCAACAAAGAGUCCUCAAAUGGGCACGUUCAUGGGAGUGUACCUACCUUGCCUGCAGAACAUCUUUGGAGUUAUCCUCUUUCUGAGAUUGACUUGGGUAGUGGGAAAUGCAGGCGUCCUUCAGGCACUGUGCAUAGUGUUCAUCUGUUGCUGCUGUACAAUGCUGACAGCCAUUUCGAUGAGUGCCAUUGCUACAAAUGGAGUUGUGCCAGCGGGUGGUUCAUACUUCAUGAUUUCAAGAUCCCUUGGUCCAGAGUUUGGUGGGGCUGUUGGACUGUGUUUCUAUCUUGGAACAACUUUUGCAGGCUCUAUGUACAUUCUAGGGGCCAUUGAGAUUUUUUUGAUGUACAUUUUUCCGGAUGCGGCAAUAUUUGUAGCAGAAGAUGAGAAUGAUGAAGCGGCUACCAUGUUGAACAAUAUGCGUGUAUAUGGCACGUGCUUUCUGGCUCUCAUGGCUAUAGUGGUGUUUGUCGGUGUCAAGUAUGUCAACAAAUUGGCAUCUCUCUUCUUGGCUUGUGUGGUUAUUUCCAUUCUGUCUAUCUACGCUGGAGCAUUGAAAUCGGCAUUUGCUCCUCCACACUUCCCGGUGUGCAUGUUGGGUAAUCACACGCUUUCACGCCACAAGUGGUAUGCCUGUAACAAAACAAUACAAAACAAUGAGACAAUCACCACCACCUUGCUGUGGCAGGAGUUCUGUGCAUCUGACCAACUGAAUGCCACAUGCAGUGACUAUUUCACUCAGAAUGAGCUGACUGAGAUUCAGGGUAUCCCCGGACUGGCCAGUAGCAUCAUUUUAGAAAACCUCUGGAGCUCUUAUCUUACAAAGGGUGAUAUACUUCAAAAAACGUCUCUCCCUACAGUCAGUGUGUCAGAGGCACCAUCAAACCUACAUCCAUACGUUUUUGCUGACCUUACCACAUCCUUUACCCUCUUGGUUGGAAUCUUUUUCCCCUCGGUUACAGGUAUAAUGGCUGGAUCAAACCGCUCCGGGGACCUAAAGGAUGCUCAGAAGUCUAUUCCAACUGGAACUAUUCUGGCCAUCCUUACUACUUCUCUAGUUUAUCUUUCCAACGUUGUCCUGUUUGGUUCCUGUAUUGAGGGUGUAGUAUUAAGAGAUAAGUUUGGAGACUCUGUGCAAGGUAACUUGGUGGUGGGAAUUCUCUCUUGGCCCUCUCCAUGGGUAAUUGUGAUUGGCUCCUUCUUCUCUACAUGUGGUGCUGGACUACAGAGUUUAACGGGAGCACCCAGGCUUCUACAGGCUAUUGCUAAAGACCAGAUCAUUCCUUUUCUGCGGGUGUUUGGACAUGGAAAGUCGAAUGGAGAACCAACAUGGGCCCUCCUGCUGACUGCAGGAAUUGCAGAGCUGGGAAUCCUUAUUGCCUCCCUUGAUUUGGUGGCUCCCAUACUCUCAAUGUUCUUCCUAAUGUGCUACCUAUUUGUAAAUCUGGCCUGUGCAGUACAAACACUUCUUCGUACCCCCAAUUGGAGACCACGUUUCAGAUACUACCACUGGACUCUUUCAUUUCUGGGGAUGACUAUCUGCCUGGCUCUGAUGUUCAUCUCAUCCUGGUAUUACGCUUUAGUGGCCAUGCUAAUUGCUGUGAUGAUCUACAAAUACAUUGAAUACCAUGGCGCAGAAAAGGAGUGGGGGGAUGGCAUCCGAGGUCUGUCCCUUAGUGCUGCCCGUUACGCUCUCCUAAGACUGGAAGAGGGUCCAUUGCACACCAAGAACUGGAGGCCUCAAGUACUUGUGCUGCUUAAGCUGGACGAGGACCUUCACGUCAAGUAUCCACGACUUCUCACAUUUGCCUCCCAGCUGAAGGCUGGAAAAGGCCUGACAAUCGUGGGGUCUGUCAUCACUGGCAAUUUCCUGGAGUGCUAUGGUGAAGCAUUUGCUGCUGAACAGACUCUCAAGCACUUGAUGGAGAAAGAACGGGUGAAGGGGUUUUGCCAGCUGGUGGUGGCAAUGAAGGCGCGAGAAGGUAUCUCCCACCUAAUCCAGUCCUGUGGCCUUGGAGGUAUGAAGCAUAACACUGUGGUGAUGGGUUGGCCUCAAGGAUGGCGACAGAGUGAGGACCCACAUGCCUGGAAGACCUUCAUCAAUACUGUGAGAGUGACAACAACGGCACACCUUGCUCUGCUAGUCCCAAAAAAUAUCUCUCUGUUUCCAGCAAACUCUGAGCAUUUUUCAGAAGGCAAUAUCGAUGUCUGGUGGAUCGUACAUGAUGGUGGCAUGCUGAUGUUAUUGCCAUUUUUGUUGAGGCAGCACAAGGUCUGGAAAAAGUGUAAGAUGCGAAUAUUUACAGUGGCCCAGAUGGAGGAUAAUAGUAUUCAAAUGAAGAAGGACCUUGCCACUUUUCUAUACCACCUACGCAUGGAAGCAGAAGUUGAAGUUGUAGAAAUGCAUGACAGUGAUAUUUCAGCCUACACUUACGAGCGCACCUUAAUGAUGGAGCAGCGAUCUCAAAUGCUCAGGCAGAUGCGUCUGUCAAAAUCUGACCGUGACAAAGAGCAUGUACAUUGGAUCUGUGAUGAAGCCCAGCUUGUCAAAGACAGGAACUCAAUGCUGCGGCUGACCAGCAUUGGCUCUGACGACGACGACGAGACGGACACGGGGGCUGCCACAGGGUCUGAGCGUACAGAUCGGGUCCAUAUGACUUGGACAAAGGAUAAGUACCUGGCUUCAGUACGGGCUGCCAGAGGACAUGGAGCUGCUACAUUCGAAGGCUUGCGAGACAUUCUCAGCAUGAGGCCUGAUCAGUCCAACGUAAGACGCAUGCAUACGGCAGUCAAGUUAAACGAGGUAAUAGUCAACAAGUCUCACGAUGCUCGACUGGUACUGCUGAAUAUGCCUGGGCCACCACGGAAUACUGAUGGGGAUGAAAAUUACAUGGAAUUUUUAGAGGUGUUGACAGAAGGCUUGGAGCGAGUCCUGCUGGUGCGAGGAGGAGGAAGUGAAGUCAUAACCAUUUAUUCUUAAACUACCAUGCUGAGCAAAUAAUGGAAAUGAGUGAAAAUGAGGUGGGCUUACAACAAUAGGCAACUGGAUGUGCAACAUGAGAAAACUCCAGCACGCCCACAGCGGCUGCCACACUGUGUUAUUUCAAGAACUGUGUGCCUCAUCAGUGGUUGCAGUGCAUGCUGAAUUUUUUUUUUUUGAACAGAAACAUUUUUAUUGGAUUGAUUUUUAUGUGCAUCUGCCUAGCGCUGCUACUAAAAGAUCAAUCAGAGAAAGAAAAUGAAAAUUUUUGUUUUGGGAAUCCAUCUACAGGCUCUGCUUGCUGCUGAAGUGAGGUGCCCAGUGUUAACUUUAAUAUGUGAGGCUCGUUAGAAGUUUUACUUAAAGACGUUUCCACUAUUACUGUGCGCAGUGGCCCUGUGCUGGGAGUGUGUGGCACUGGAGCACCAGGCUUGCUUUCAGCAUAUAAGGUGUCUUGGGGCAGUAUGGCAUUUAGUGCUGACCAAACAAGAACAAGUGGACAAGGCAAGAUGAAUUCUCACAGAAUCGUGAACCUAUUCAUUUCCUUAAAUGCAAUUUUUUUUUUAAAGAAUAAAAUCCAAAGCAGGGGUCUAGUUAAAUGUUUCUACUUCAUUAUUAUGUGAAAUCAGUAUUUAAAUGGCGGUGGUGAUAAGGUUUAUGAUGUCAUGUCUAAUGUUUAUUUUAAUAUUGACUUUGUUUUUGAUAAACGCGAUAAGGGACAAGUAAAUAGUAAAACAAAAAGGCACUUUACUUUUGUUUUCCUUGUUUUGAAAUCUCUUCAUAUGUAUGGCUGUCAAAGUUUGCUACAUCGGCUGGCAUCUGACACUUUGUGGGCAACGUUUCAAUUAGAAAAAUGGACAGUGUUUUGACUGCAAAAUGAACUUUUGACUGGUAAGAAAAAAGACCGGGGAUCGCAGUCCUCACGUGUUCAGACUUGGGCUCAACUUGCAUCAGUACGUCCUCAAGACAAAAUGUUUGUAGUUCUCGGAGUUCUGACACUUCCAUCAAUUUUUAAAAAGUGAAAGCUGAAGAACUUGCCGAAAGGAAAAAGAAAAACCUCCUGAAUGAACACCACUGUGGUC